GCGGAACCCCUGUGAUUAUCAGGAAGUUUGGGCGGUGGUGAAGCGUCAAAGAUCAUCAGUGUUUCACUAAGGCAGUCGUCUGUUGGGGUGAAAGGUUAAAAAAACAAGCCAUCAAAAUGUCAAGCAAAAGGGCUAAGGGAAAGACCACCAAAAAGCGCCCCCAGCGCGCCACCUCAAAUGUCUUCGCCAUGUUCGACCAGUCUCAGAUUCAGGAGUUCAAGGAGGCCUUCAACAUGAUUGACCAGAAUCGGGAUGGCUUUGUCGACAAAGAGGACCUACACGACAUGCUGGCCUCACUGGGGAAGAACCCCACAGAUGAAUACCUGGAGGCCAUGAUGACAGAGGCCCCCGGCCCCAUCAACUUCACCAUGUUCCUCACCAUGUUCGGAGAGAAACUCAAUGGCACAGAUCCGGAGGACGUCAUCAGAAAUGCCUUCGCUUGCUUUGAUGAAGAAGGAACAGGAUUCAUCCACGAGGACUACCUGAGGGAGCUCCUUACCACCAUGGGUGACAGAUUCACAGAUGAGGAAGUGGACGAGCUCUUCAGAGAGGCUCCCAUAGACAAAAAGAGCAACUUCAACUACGUGGAGUUCACACGCAUCCUGAAGCACGGAGCCAAGGACAAAGACGAUUAGACACCUACUGUAAAAAAAAAACCAACAACAACCAUAUAUGCAAAUAUCUUUGUUCAUAUCAUACAUCCUGUUUGUCUUUUUACCAGGUUAGGACAUCUUGUUGUAUGCUUUAGCUUAAGCACAGGGCCACUCAAAAUAAGGCAGAACAAAACAACUAAAGGUUGUUUCACCAUAUUUUUAAAACUUCUACAUUUCACCUGUGGAAGAUUUGCACAUCAGUCACAAACUGCAGGUUAAACUGCAAUAACAAAGAGGGGUGUGGUUUCUCUGUUAUAAAACAAAAAUGUUCAAAAUGUGGAAGAGAGAGAAAUAUGACUCUGGAAAAGAAGCCUUUGUUAAACUAAUGGCCUGACUUAGCUGGAUUUUUACAUUUUGUAAUAAAUUUAAACUUUUGAAUUAAAGUUCUUUAUCAACUCCUGA